AUGAACGGUGUGCGCGGUUUGUCUGUCAAUUUGUGGCGCAACAGAGUCAAGAGUAAUGUUGUUGGCGGCCGCAUUGUGGCAGGAGCCAAGUUCAACGAGAUCGGCGAUCACAAGGCAUUUGCCACCAAAUCCGGAGCAGUAUCUUCGGAUAACGUCCGCGAAAACUCAAGUGCUGCCGCGACGGCGGACACGGCCACCAGUCCCGAAAUGGCCUGUCCACAUUUGGCCACGUCGAGUAGAAGCGGCAGCAGUGGCGCUGCGGUGCAUGAGACGAGCGAGUGGCAAAAUGCGCUGCCAUACAACGAGGUACCCGGCCCGAAGCCCAUACCCAUACUGGGCAACACCUGGCGAAUGAUGCCCAUAAUCGGCCAAUACACGAUAUCUGACGUCGCGAAGAUCUCGUCGCUUUUGCACGAACAAUAUGGACGCAUUGUGCGCUUCAGUGGCCUCAUCGGCCGCCCGGAUCUGCUGUUCAUAUACGAUGCCGACGAAAUCGAAAAGUGCUAUCGCAAUGAAGGUGCAACACCGUUCCGACCAUCCAUGCCAAGUUUGGUGAAAUAUAAAAGUGAAAUCCGCAAAGAUUUCUUCGAGGAUAUCGGAGGAGUAGUGGGCGUUCAUGGGGAACCUUGGCGUCAGUUCCGGUCACGUGUACAAAAGCCGGUACUGCAAUUGUCAACCAUACGACGUUACUUGAAGCCUUUGGAAGUGGUCACAAAUGACUUUUUAGAACGCUGCGAACAGCUUCUGAAUGAGAACUCAGAACUGCCAGAGGAUUUUGACAAUGAAAUCCACAAAUGGUCAUUGGAGUGCAUUGGACGCGUUGCCCUCGAUACAAGACUCGGUUGCUUGGAGACCAAUCUUUCGCCAGACUCUGAACCACAACAGAUUAUCGACGCCGCCAAAUAUGCGCUACGCAAUGUGGCGACCCUUGAGCUGAAGGCUCCAUACUGGCGUUAUUUCCCUACACCACUUUGGACACACUAUGUCAAGAACAUGAAUUUCUUUGUAGAAGUUUGCAUGAAAUAUAUUGGCAAUGCAACGGAACGUUUGAAACAGCAAGGUCCAAGUCGUGACGGGGAACCCUCGCUGCUGGAAAAAGUCAUACUCGCUGAGAAGAAUGAAAAGGUGGCUACCAUUAUGGCUUUGGAUCUAAUUUUAGUAGGAAUUGACACAAUUUCUAUGGCAGUGUGCUCCAUUCUCUAUCAGCUGGCAACGCGCCCUGCCGAACAACAAAAAGUGCGUGAGGAGCUUAAACGCUUAUUACCCGAAGCAGACGACGAACUCUCGAUACCACGCCUGGACCAAAUGCACUACCUGAAAGCGUUUAUUAAAGAGGUCUUCCGGAUGUACAGCACAGUAAUCGGAAAUGGCCGUACCUUGCAGGAAGAUACAGUAAUCUGUGGCUACAGGAUACCCAAAGGUGUGCAAGCAGUUUUUCCCACACUUGUCACCGGUCAAAUGGAAGAGUUCGUCUCUGAUUCAAAAACCUUCAAACCGGAACGGUGGUUAAAAGCAAGCCAAGGUGGCACAGGCGACCAACUACAUCCAUUCGCAUCUCUGCCAUAUGGAUAUGGCGCACGAAUGUGUUUGGGUAGACGAUUCGCGGACUUAGAAAUGCAAAUUCUGCUGGCUAAGUUACUGCGCAAUUACAAGUUGGAAUACAAUCACAAGCCAUUGGAUUAUGCUGUGACGUUUAUGUAUGCUCCUGAUGGCCCAUUACGGUUUAAGAUGACCAGAGCGGUAUAAUCGCUGGCAUUGCAUUUGAAGACUUUUAUAUUUAAGCAUUCAUGUAUACACGAUUUUAUGCUGAAUUCGAUAUAUACAUACAUAUGUAUAUGUGUAAA